CAAAGGUAGACUCACCGACUGGAGAGUGGAAAGUCACGAAGCAGGCACCGAAUAGAAGGGCAGUGAUGAAACAGAAAUGUAAACUGACGAUUUUUAAUGCAUGUUGACCAUACCUGCUGUAUUUUAUAAAAAGGUAAGGUUCGUCGUGUAGAAACUCACACCCAGCCUGCUUCCUAACGCCAGCUGAAGCGUGAUGCACCCCGAGCGGCCCGUAACAGGCUGUGCCCUGCAGAGACGGCAGGCAGAUUCGGGCCCCGAGGGGGCGCUGAGCACCGGCAUACUACAGGGCUUCCUCCAGAGUGUUAGGCCGUUUUCCUUCUGCUUUCUGUUCCCCAGGGUCCACGCAGCUGAUGUGGCUGCUGCCCAGCCUGCACAGAUGCACUCGUCUUCAGCUUUACCCUCCUCCUCCUCCUCCUCCUCCACCAGUCUUGCACACAUCAGCUCUCCCAGUACCAUGCCAAGCAUCAUGGGCAAGCCAGAAUUCCCAGACACAGGAUGGGACCGCAUCAAGGACCUCUUUGACAGAGAUGUGACACAGAAAUAUGCAGAGGAGUUGACCAAUGUGGUAAAGAGUGGCAUAUUCGCUGCUGUAGCAGGCUUCAUCUAUGGAGGCCUGCCAGCUGCACGCCAUGCCAGGCAGAGAUAUAUUCAAGUCAGCCAGGCCGAAAUCUACUCGAGUCGUGCAGACGCACUGCGUUCAUCCCAUAAUGCUGCAAUCCGGGGUUUUGUGAGGUAUGGAUGGAGGUGGGGCUGGAGAGUGACUGCAUUUGUCACCUUGUUCAAUUCCAUCAGCACAGGGCUGUCUGUGUACAGAGACAAAUACACCCUAAGUCAUUACGCUGCAGCUGGAGCUGUGACGGGAGGCCUCUUCAGACUGAACCUGGGUCUGCGUGGGCUGGUGGCUGGAUCAGUCAUUGGUGCAGUGCUGGGGCUUCCUGUAGGUACUUUGAUCAUCAGUAUGCAGUCCCUGGCAGGAGAAACGAUUCGGGAGAGGAGGCGAAGAGAACGUAGGGAACUCUAUGAGCUCAAACUCGCAGAAUGGGCGGCCCGUCUGAAGCUAACAGACGAUUUGAUUGGAGAUCUGAACAUCAGCACUCAGCCAGAGGAAACCAAAAAAGACAUACAGAGGAUCCAGGAGCUGCUCAGUUUACCACAGAAUGAGACACAAGACUCAAGCAACCAAUGACAGUUGCUGCCUUAUGUCCUGCUGGACGCUGGAGAUGGGACAGCUGAGAGAACAAACAGGUCUUUGUCUGGACUCCACUACACACCUCUGUCUAAAUGAAUGGACACUUCCUCACAUCAGGAAACAUAGAUUUGUACCAACAGACUGAUCUGUUCAAUGGAUGCCAGUAAAAGCAAGUUUAAAUAAUAUCAUUGCAAAUAAGAGGUCAUGCCCAUUCACUUUCCCCCC